GCUGCUCCUGCAAAAGAGCUUGGUGUCCGGCUGGAGGAGGCGCGGGCGCUGCGAGCUGCAACUCUAGGGAUCGCGGGGACAGCCGCUGUCGGCCGCUUGGAGACUUCUCCGAGAGGUUUCAGAACACUGCCUGAUUGCAUCUUUUCUUAUGGCUGCAUAGUCUCUGAUUGUGUAUAGAUACUGUCUUACUGCAUUCUGACUUCACUGUCCAUAGAGGAAACCCAGCUGUGCAACGCGGAUGCCACAUAAAGAAGAUCGCAGACAUUUCUCAACGAUUAUAUAGUCAACCGAUGUAACAAUGGUACUAAUAUUGGGACGAAGACUAAACAGAGAGGAUCUUGGGGUGCGUGAUUCCCCAGCAACUAAGCGCAAAGUUUUUGAAAUGGACCCGAAAUCUCUGACAGGUCAUGAGUUUUUUGACUUCUCUUCAGGAUCAUCCCAUGCUGAAAAUAUACUCCAAAUCUUUAAUGAAUUCCGAGAUAGCCGGCUGUUCACAGAUGUCAUCAUUUGCGUGGAAGGAAAAGAAUUUCCGUGUCAUCGAGCUGUUCUCUCUGCCUGCAGCAGCUACUUCAGAGCCAUGUUUUGUAACGACCACCGAGAAAGCCGAGAGAUGUUGGUUGAGAUAAAUGGCAUUUUAGCUGAGGCAAUGGAAUGCUUUUUACAGUAUGUCUAUACAGGAAAGGUAAAGAUCACGACUGAAAAUGUUCAGUAUCUCUUCGAGACGUCCAGCCUCUUUCAGAUUGGUGUCCUCCGCGACGCCUGCGCCAAGUUUUUGGAGGAGCAACUAGAUCCAUGCAAUUGCUUAGGAAUCCAGCGUUUUGCUGAUACCCAUUCACUCAAAACCCUCUUCACCAAAUGCAAGCACUUUGCCUUACAGACUUUUGAGGAUGUGUCCCAGCAUGAGGAGUUUCUGGAGCUCGACAAAGAUGAGCUCAUCGAUUAUAUUUGCAGCGAUGAACUUGUUAUUGGCAAAGAGGAGAUGGUGUUUGAGGCUGUCAUGCGUUGGGUCUAUCGUUCGGUGGACCUGAGACGGCCCCUGUUACACGAGCUCCUAACACACGUGAGACUGCCGCUGUUGCAUCCCAACUACUUUGUUCAGACAGUUGAGGUGGACCAAUUGAUCCAGAAUUCUCCCGAGUGCUAUCAGCUGUUACACGAAGCACGGAGAUAUCACAUCCUUGGAAAUGAAAUGAUGUCUCCACGGACCAGGCCUCGAAGAUCAACAGGCUAUUCUGAGGUGAUAGUUGUCGUUGGAGGCUGUGAACGUGUUGGCGGAUUUAAUCUUCCAUACACUGAGUGUUAUGAUCCUGUGACAGGAGAAUGGAAGUCUUUGGCCAAACUUCCAGAAUUUACCAAAUCCGAGUAUGCAGUCUGUGCUCUAAGGAAUGACAUUCUUGUUUCAGGUGGAAGAAUCAAUGGCCGUGAUGUCUGGAUUUAUAAUUCACAGUUAAAUAUUUGGAUCAGAGUUGCUUCUCUGAAUAAAGGCAGAUGGCGUCACAAAAUGGCUGUCCUCCUUGGUAAAGUGUAUGUUGUUGGAGGCUAUGAUGGGCAAAACAGAUUGAGCAGUGUCGAAUGUUAUGACUCCUUUUCAAACCGAUGGACUGAAGUUGCUCCCCUAAAGGAAGCAGUGAGUUCUCCUGCUGUGACAAGCUGUGUAAGCAAAUUGUUCGUGAUUGGUGGAGGACCUGAUGAUAACACUUGUUCUGAUAAGGUUCAGUCUUAUGAUCCAGAAACCAAUUCUUGGCUACUUCGUGCAGCUAUCCCCAUUGCCAAGAGGUGUAUAACAGCUGUAUCCUUGAACAACCUGAUAUAUGUCGCUGGUGGACUGACCAAGGCAAUCUACUGCUAUGAUCCAGUUGAAGAUUACUGGAUGCACGUACAGAAUACAUUCAGUCGGCAGGAAAACUGUGGCAUGUCUGUGUGUAAUGGCAAAAUAUACAUCCUGGGUGGAAGACGGGAAAAUGGAGAAGCCACAGACACUAUUCUUUGUUACGAUCCUGCAACAAGCAUCAUCACGGGGGUAGCUGCAAUGCCCAGGCCAGUGUCCUACCACGGCUGUGUGACUAUUCACAGAUACAAUGAGAAAGGCUUUAAGCUCUGAAGCCAAGGAUACCUCAUCCAGGAAUCCCCAUCGAUUCAAGAUAUGAAAGGUUUUUUAAAAAAACAAACAGAACUCAAGUGGGAACUUGAUAUAUCUCCUUAGUACCAUUAAAAAAAAAAAAGGUAAUGGUAAUCAUGGUGCCUUUUCCCCUACCCCUACCCCAAAUCCUGCGUUUCGAACUGUAAUAAUAUUUUUCCCAUAAUCAAAGGAAGAAAAAAAAUCCUUCUGUUUGUUUGAAAGUAAUAGAAGUUGAUGUUUGGAUGUCAUGAGCUUCCCUUUGCAAGUAUUUGUAAGAACUUUUAUGUUGUAGGAAAUAGUG